AUGAAGCUCCAUUUGUUUCCAUUGCUGUUUUCUGGCCUCAGUUUGAUUACUGCUGUCCAGUGUGCAGCAAUUGGUGAAAAGGUUCUUUCUGUUGACUCUGAAUACCGUUAUUCCCUUGAAGGGCUUGAUAAGGUUCUCCAGGACGAUGUCAGGUUCGUAUGGAGCUCUUUGGAGCAACGACUUGGUACACAAGGGCUCAAAAAGGCCAUCCAAGAUUAUGAAACUAGUGUUUGUCCAAUAAGUAGCUCAUUUCCAAUUGAUAUCAAAAGCGAUUCUGACAGUGUGGAGACUAUUAGCCUUGAAAGCUUGCCAGAAUAUCAACUGAGAUUGCAUACGAAAAAACGGAGCAACCCACUGAGUCUAGGUGUGGAUACUGUUAAACAGUAUACCGGAUAUUUUGAUAUCAAUGAUGAUGAUAAGCACCUCUUUUAUUGGUUUUUUGAGAGCAGAAACGAUCCUGCGACCGACCCUGUGAUUCUUUGGUUAAAUGGAGGUCCUGGCUGCAGCUCAGUGACGGGCUGCUUAUUUGAGCUUGGACCAGCUUCACUUAACGGAACCACACUUACCCCAAUCCACAAUCCCUACUCUUGGAACAACAAUGCGUCGGUCAUAUUUCUGGAACAGCCUGUUGGUGUUGGCUACUCGUACAGUACGAGGUCCUCUGUUUCAAGCACUAAGGUCGCAGCUAAGGAUGUUUUUGCGUUCUUGGAGCUAUUCUUCACAAAAUUUGUGCAGUUUUCGAAUAAUGACUUUCACAUCGCUGGCGAAUCUUACGCAGGUCACUACAUUCCUAAUAUUGCAAGCGAGAUUCUUGAUCACAAGAACAAGUCUUUUGAACUCACCUCUAUUUUAAUUGGUAAUGGAAUUACAGAUCCAUUGAUCCAAUAUGGCUGGUAUGGUCCAAUGGCCUGCAAUGCAUCGUUAUCGGGUUACAAACAAAUCCUUUCCGACAGUGACUGCAUGAAAAUCGACGACAUGUAUUCUCGCUGCAAAAGAUUGAUCAGUGCAUGCUAUAGAACCCUAUCUGCCGUUACUUGCCUGCCGGCAAAUCUUUACUGUGAACGUAUAUUGGAACCAUUUGAGGAGACCGGGCUUAAUGUUUAUGAUAUUCGUGGCCCUUGUGAAACUCAAGAUGGAAACUGCUACCUGGGAAUGGACUACAUCGACAAGUACAUGAAUCUUCCUGAAGUUAAAGAGGCACUGGGUGCAGAAGUUGAUAUCUAUAGUGGUUGUGAUGAUGAAGUUUUUCGACAAUUCAUCUUGACAGGAGACGAAACAAAGCCAUUUCAGCAGUACGUGGCCCAAGUUCUAGAUGCUGGUCUCCCGGUUCUUAUUUACGCAGGAGACAAAGACUAUAUUUGCAACUGGCUAGGAAACCUGGCCUGGACGGAAGUAUUGGAAUGGAAAGAAAGUGCCUCUUAUCAGAAGGCAGAAUUCAAGAACUGGUAUACGGAAAUCGAGGGCCUUCCUGCGGGAGAGAUUAAGACCAAUGGGCACCUGACAUUUGCCCGGGUUUACGAUGCAGGCCAUAUGGUUCCUCAUGACCAACCAGAAGCUGCUCUUGAUAUGGUGAACAGGUGGAUUACUGGAGAUAUAUCAUACAAUCGCUGA